GAGAGGGGGGACAAGAGGGGCCAUUCCCAGACAGGAGGGGAAAGCUGACUGAAAACAAAGAGGAGGCCGAGGCGUGAGAGAGGAGGGCAGGCCGAGGUUGACACGGACCCUCGCACACUCGCUUGCACACUCGCUGCUUUACGCUUACAAAAACUAGAGUGAACGAACGUCGUCAUGGACACCAACCCCCCACCCCGGGACCGCUACCUGUCUGCCAUGUUGCUGAGCGCUGCCGGUGAUGCCCUGGGGUACAGAAACCAGCGCUGGGAGUACUGCCCGUCCGGACCCCAAAUCCACCGCGAGCUCCAGGAACUCGGGGGGCUGAAGAGCAUCAGGGCGUCUCUCCCCGACUGGCCCGUGAGUGACGACACCGUGCUCCACCUGGCCACCGGCGAGGGUCUGGCCACCGGGAAGCUGCAGGACGAGCUGUACCACGAGCUGGCCAGGAGAUACGUGGCCGCCAUGUCCGAUAUGGAAGGGAGGAAGCCCGGACCCACCAGCAUUCUGGGGACUUCCCAGCUGCGCCCCGGGGAGCCCGGGGGCUACAGGAUCCCAUUUAACCCCUCCGGGACUGGCUGCGGGGCAGCAAUGAGAGCCAUGUGCAUUGGGCUCAGGUUUCCUCGUCCCUCCGAGUUGCCGCUCCUGGUGGCUGUCAGUGUGGAAAGUGGAAAGAUGACCCACAAUCAUCCCACGGGGUACCUGGGCUCGCUCGCCUCGGCUCUCUUCACCUCCCUUUCUGUGCAGGGGGUCCCCCUGGAGCUUUGGGGGUCCCGCUUGUUGGAGACUCUCCCGUUGGCCCUCCGAUACGUGCGCGACACCGAGACCGAUGUACAGCCUCACCUGGACUCGUGGGGUUACCUCCAACAAAGCUGGGAGAGGUACCUGUCAGAGAGGGGUCUCCUCCGGGGGUCCGGUCCCCCGGUCUUCACGUCGAGUUAUGGGGCUGCGGAGAGGGACGUGGAGUACGCGCGGUGGAGCCUGGAUGGCUGGGCCGGGAGGAGCGGGCACGACGCGCCCAUGAUUGCCUACGAUGCGCUCCUGUCUGCCGGAGACUCCUGGGAAGAGCUGUGUAACCGUGCCGCGUUCCACGGGGGUGACAGCGACUCCACAGGAGUGAUUGCCGGUUGCUGCUGGGGGGCUCGUCACGGCCUCUCGGGGGUCCCUAAAGGGAACUACGCCGAGCUGGAGUACAGGCAGCGGCUGGAGAACGUGGCCGAUUCCUUAUAUACGUUGGCCUGGGGGGCACCGUAACGUUCGCGGUUUCAUCUUCCUCUCCGUGAAGCUUCUGCUAGCUGGCCGAGGAGGACGGGGACCGUCUCUGCCGCUCUCAGGUGCUCUGUCUCCACUCUCCUUGUAGACGAAACCCUUUAAGAAGGGUGUUUGAAGCUCUGGUGCCUUUGGCUCUCUCAGACGCAAUCUCUGGAGCCACCAUUUAAACAUUUUACAUAGUAAUUUGGACCUUUGUUAUAUAAACCCAGAACAUGUCAGGAGAUCGGCCCCAUGCGGCCCCCGUCUAGUCGCCCGUUUCUCCUGCUGUAAAGACUCAAACCUUAAUCAGUCGUUGGUCUCGUCUUAGAUUCAGGAGCCGUAUGUCUAUCCCAUGCAUGUUUAAUACCCUCACUUUAUUACCCUCUACCACUUCUGCUGGGAGGCUGCUCCACUUAUCUACCACCCUCCCAGUAAAGUAAAACUUCCUUACAUUACAUCUCAGCUUCCGACUCUCUAAUUUUAGAUUAUGGCCUCUUGUUACCAUGGAGAUCCUCCUGGAUUUGCCCCAGUUUGUUGUGACGUUUUCCGCGAACUGAAAUCCUGCAAUAAUUUAAAAAAAAACGGCUGCUUUUUAGUAAAUGAACAGUUUUGGCCGGAAA